AUGUCUGCUACUACCAAUGAAGUUCGUGCUGGCUUUGUUGUCUCUGUGGCAAAGGAACACUCGCAAGACGGCGAGCCGAAUGUCUACACUGCCACGCAAAUUCCUACAGUUAAUUCGCUACCCGAAGGCUCUCCUGCUAUUAUAGAAAGUGACCCUGACUUUGAGUUCCCGUUCGGGCCAAUAAAGGGAUUUGGAUACUUUGAUACAAACACCUUGGAGGCCGGGGUUAGGCUAGAGGUGUUUGGAGCACAUAUUCUGAACCUAUUUGGAAACUUGAAAGACGGAAUCGUGGGAAAGUUUGAUCUCUUCCUUGCAAAGGGAGAGAUACGUCUCUAUUUGAAGGAUGGAAACGAAAUUUGGGUUCAUGUUGAUGUUAAGGUACUGUUUGAUGGCACGUUCAAGGAUGAUGUGAAAAUCCUCAAGUUCUAA